GGCUGCUGCUAUUUCCCAAGUUUUUCCAACCUCAAGACAUCGCCUAUGUAUAUGUUUUUCCAACCUCAAGACAUCGCCUAUGUAUAUGGUAUAUCGGUGAGAAUUCAAAGAAGCACAUCAAGGGACUAAGAAAUCAAAAAGAUUUUCUAGACAUAUUCAAUUGUCUAUUGAAACAUACAGAUACGGAGGCAGAGUUUGAGCUUUAUUGGACAAGGAGUGAAACCACAAAUCACUCUAUUUCUAGAAGGUUGUCCAAGACUGUUGGGCUAUGUGAUUUCUAUAGCUCAUUUGUUGGUGUUGUUUCGGAGUGGAGGAGUAGAGAGAACGGGGAAGAUGUCCGGUGUUCCCAAGGUGUACCUACAAUGGCUAUGGAUCACAUUAAGAUUCUUUCACAUGCUAGGGAUAUUUAUACGAUUGAGAUAUAUUACUUGUUCGAAGAGCAGUUUUUGAAAGGGGCAUCAUGCUAUCAAGAGUGUGUUCAAUUUGAAGGUGGCGUGUAUAAGUAUCACGUCUGGAGGCCGGAGGUUUAUAUUAUUAGGCAUGAAGUGAUUUUUAACGUUAGAGAGUUAGAUAUUUGGUGCAGUUGCAAGCUGUUCACUGAAACCAGGAUCUUAUGCUGUCACUGUUUACGCAUUUUAAACGUGCAUUCUGUGUCUGAAGUUCCAAAUAAAUAUAUUCUGAAGAGAUGGACUAAAAGAGUUUUGGAAGACAAGAAUGCUGGUAUUAUCCCCCCAUCUCAGUGCUUUAAUGUUCCCUCUUCUGUUUGGACUUUAGAGAUCACUAGGAAAUUUCAGAAGUUGGUUGUUUAUUGCCAAGAAAACAGCGAAGCACGCAAAAUUUUUGAGCAAGCAUUGUUAGAUGCCAAGAGAAAAGUUGAACAUGAGUAUGGCCUUAUUUUCUUCGAAGGUGAAGAUUGUGAUGUGGAAUCGUCGAGCGGUGUUAUAAAGGAUCCAUCAAACAGGCGGUUGAAAGGGGUACGCAAUAGGAGGGUGACUAGUGUGAUUGAAAAGAAAUACAAGAAAGCAAGGGGUCGAAAGCAGCUUGCUCAUAUAGCUGCAUCUAAAACAAAAUCGGUGGGGCAGUCUCAAGUUGAAGAUGCUAUUUCUAAUAUUGCUGGUAAUGGAUACCUGGUGCAUCCAAUGUCUGGAGGUUCAACUUUUUGUCAUUUUAGGUCAAAUUCAAAUCAAGAGGACAAUUAGAGUGUGUCUUAAUGUUUGUUAGUUUUGUUUUUUCAAGACAUGUAGUUGUACUUUUUAUACACAAAACUAUUACAAGUAAUACACAGACUGUUUCCGCAA